UUCUGGAUUUUUGUUCACUGCUGUUCGCUGAUCCAAUCGCUCUCUCUCUCUCGAAACCAAAACCCUAAAUCCACGGCUUCUCCCCGGAAUUCAUUGCUACUAAAAGCUCAAAUUCAAAUUUUGAAGCGUUCGAUUCGACGAAGAAUGAAUUCCUCCGUGCACUGAGAAUGACUUUCAAUCCCGAGGUUUGAUCCUUCCCCACCAAACCCUAAUUCACAAGGUUCUCUGCAGAACUCAUUCUUAUCAAAAGAUAAUAACGCGACACAGAAAAUCGGUUUCGGAGUUCCAAGGGGGAGGAAUUCUGGUGUUUUUCGUGAGAAUGACUUUUGAUUAGAAGCAGGUCUUUUCGUUUGGAAGAAUAAUGAGUUCUAGCGUGAACUGAGAAUGAGUUUUGAAUUGGAGAAGGUCUGAUCGCCAAUCAUGUGGUUUUCGUUCUGGAGAUCCAGAGAUCGGUUCUCCUUGGACGAACUCAGACACUUGACUUAUCAGCUGAUGAAAAUUCAAAUUGUUAAUGAGGUCAACAAGGAUUUUGUUGUUGAGGCGCUGAGGUCAAUUGCGGAGUUGAUAACAUAUGGUGACCAGCAUGACCCAGCCUUUUUUGAGUUUUUCAUGGAGAAGCAGGUCAUGGGGGAGUUUGUACGUAUAUUAAAAAUAAGUAGAAGUGUGACUGUUUCACUUCAGUUGCUGCAGACGAUGAGUAUUAUGAUCCAGAACUUAAAAAGUGAACAUGCUAUAUACUACAUGUUCAGCAAUGAGCAUAUUAACUACCUUAUAACUUAUACCUUUGACUUCCGCAAUGAAGAGCUAUUAUCCUACUACAUAUCCUUCUUAAGAGCAAUAAGUGGAAAGCUGAACAAGAAUACAAUUUCUUUGCUUGUGAAGACUCGAAAUGAUGAAGUAGUUUCUUUCCCACUGUAUGUUGAGGCAAUACGGUAUGCCUUCCAUGAAGAGAACAUGGUCCGCACUGCAAUACGUGCUUUGACACUAAAUGUUUAUCAUGUUGGAGAUGAAUCUGUAAAUAGAUAUGUUACUACCACACCUCAUGCGGCUUUUUUUUCGAACCUGGUUACAUUUUUCCGGAAGCAGUGCAUCAAUUUAAAUGGAUUGGUCUCUGAUGCUUCAAAGAAUCCAGGUCCAGAAUCGACCUCUAGUAUACUUGUUGCUGUAGAUGAAAUUGAGGACAAUCUUUACUAUUUUAGUGAUGUUAUUUCUGCUGGGAUUCCUGAUGUUGGGAGGUUAAUAACAGACAACAUUUUGCAGCAUUUGAUAUUUCCAUUGCUUCUUCCUUCUCUAAGGAUGGAAGCUGUAAAUGAGAUGCAGAUCAGUGCUGUCACUUCUCUGUAUUUACUUUGUUGCAUCUUGCGCAUAGUUAAAAUCAAAGAUCUGGCAAAUACUGUUGCUGCUUCUCUUUUUUGUCCAUUAGAGGCUUUUAUAAAAAUUUCUGAGACUAAACUCAAUGGCUAUAUAUCUGGUCAUGGUUUUACUCACGAAAGAGAACAGUCAGACAGUGAUAAUCUUGAUACAAAGGUGGAGUCUGGAAGUUUAAGAGUUACCACAUCAAACUUGCCUGGUUCUUCACAAAGUCAUCAAGAAGAUGUUGCCUUGCAGCGUAGUUGUAGUGGUGCAAGUUUGGCUUUAAGGGAGGUCUUGCUUUCUUAUGUCAAUAAUGGGGAUGAUAUGCUAGUUUUGGGUUCUUUGAGUGUGAUAGCAACUUUAUUGCAAACAAAAGAACUGGAUGAAUCGAUGCUAGAUGCACUUGGAAUUCUUCCACAGCGCAAACAACAUAAGAAACUGCUGCUGCAAUCUUUGGUUGGUGAGGGCUCAGAUGAAGAGCAACUUUUUUCUCCAGAAAGUAGCUUGAUAAGAGAUGGUUUCAAUAGUGAGCUUGAUAGCUAUCUACUAAAGCUCAAGCAGGAGCAGUAUGGAGUGUUGUGUUCUUGUCCUGAAGUGGCAGCAAGUCCUCGUGUACAUAGGUUUCAGGUGCUCGACGCUUUGGUCAACCUUUUUUGCCGCUCAAAUAUUUCUGCAGAGACCUUGUGGGAUGGUGGUUGGGCUCUGCGCCAAUUACUUCCUUAUAAUGAGUCUGAGUUUAACAGUAAUCACCUUGAAUUGCUCAAAGACUCGUACAGGAACUGCAUUGGCACUCUCUUGCGGGAGGUUAAAGGUUUCUGGCUAGAUCUACUUAUCACAGUUCUUUGUGAUGAGUGGAGGAAGUGCAAAAGAGCAAUUGAGGCUUCAUCCCCUCGGAGAGAGCCUAAAUAUGUGCUAUUGCCAUUACAAAAGUCCUCUUUUGAAGAGGUUAUUCCAGUUGAAUCAUCAAUUGUUGCUGGUGAAAGAAUGUGUGAGUUGGUGAAGGUUUUUGUGCUUCUUCAUCAACUUCAAAUUUUCUCCCUUGGUAGAGCUUUGCCUGAUCAACCGCCUAUCCUUCCUCCAAUUGAUGUUCCCCAAUCCUUCCGAGCAAAAGCUGCUGGCCUGGGUAUCUUAGGUCCAAAGCCGGGAACCGAGUUAAGACUUGUUGAUGCAGUGCCCUGCAGAAUUUCAUUUGAGAGGGGUAAAGAGCGGCAUUUUCGCUUUCUAGCAGUUUCCAUGGAAACAUCUGGGUGGGUUCUCCUUGCAGAAGAAUUACCCCUAAAACAGCAUUAUGGAGUUGUUCGUGUUACUGCCCCUUUGGCUGGCUCAAAUCCUAAAAUUGAUGAUAAGCAUGCUAGAUGGUUACACCUGCGGAUCCGUCCAUCCACUCUGCCCUUUUGGGAUUCGGAUAAACGCACUACCUAUGCCAAAGUGAACAAAAAAGCUUUGGUUGAUGGCAGAUGGACCCUGGCAUUCAGUGAUGAAUACUCUUGCAAGUCUGCAUUGUCUAUGAUUCUCGAGGAGAUUAAUCUACAAAGUAAUGAAGUGGAGAGAAGAAUAAGACCAUUACUUGACCUUGAAAGAGAAGUAAAUUUUUCAAGCCCUUCUCCAUGCCCUCUUGAGGCUUCCUCUUCAAGUACAACACCUUCCAAUUCUUUGUAAGCUCCUGAUUGUUUUGAGUUCUCCAAUAAUAUUGCUUUCAUGUUAGGGUGACAAUACAGCGUGUCUAGCACCCUUUUGUAUAUGUUCAUAAGAAAACCUUAGAUACACAGAAAAAUGUAGAUUAGCACCCAUGUUUCAGUGUCAUUCUUUGUAUACUAGCUCUCUUUUUCUUUGCCCUAAUUUGUAAGUUUAUCGGCUUUUACAGCUCAUUCUUUAUAGAUCUCUUAACCGAGGCUUUCUUUUUGCUUACCUAGUUUGUAACCUGUGUGACACAUUGUAAAUUGAGGCGAUUCCAAAGAAAGUAAAGUUGCAAGGUUUUGUGUA